UCGACUGGAUACCGUUAAUCAUGGUUGAGGGACGGAGAAAUCUAAAAACGGCGAAAUCGCCAAAGAAAAAUGUUUAUUAGGGCGUUACAUUAUGUCCGGUCAGCUUCUUCUUCAUCGAGAUUAUUCUCAUUCGAGGCGUUGGUUCAGGAGAUUAAACAUGGUGAGCUUGCAAUUGAUUCUGGUAUUUAUCAAGAACAUCUCCAUAGAAGGUAUUUUCCAGGGACUUUCUUCUCCGUGCACCAUUGCAUCCAUAUCCACGUCAUCUAAUAAAGGCCUAAGUACCUCUGCAUUUGAAGCUUUCUUCGAAGACAAUGAAGAGGGUGAUGCAUCUUGUAUCAUUCAAGAAAAAGACUACCUUCGCAAAAGCCACAACUCAAAAGAAGGUCUUUACGUUCUUGAUCUCAUCGACCAAGGUUCCAUUGUACCUGAUCAUACACUCUAUAAUAAAAUGCUUAAGAAAUGCACCGAUUUGGGAAAACUAAGAGAAGGCAGAAUGAUUCAUGAGCAUUUUCUCAAAUCAAAAUUCAAAUCUGAUGUUUUCACCCUUAAUACCAUCAUUAAUAUGUAUACAAAAUGUGGUAGUUUGAAUGAUGCCAAGAAAAUGUUUGAUGAGAUGCCUUGCAAAGAUAUGGUUACUUGGACUGCUCUAAUUUCAGGAUAUUCUCAAAAUGAGCGACCUGAAGAAGCUCUUGCAUUGUUUCCUCAGAUGAUUGAGCUUGGAUUGAAACCAAAUCAGUUUACCUUCGGCAGCCUUCUGAAGGCUUCUGGAUCAGCAACUACUGAUACACCUGGUAGGCAGGUACAUGCUUUUGUAGUAAAUUGUGGUUACAGUUCAGAUGUUUAUGUGGCUAGUUCCCUUGUGGAUAUGUAUGCUAGGUUUGAUAGAAUAAAAGAAGCUCAAAUAGUGUUUGAUGGAAUGGUAAGUAAAAAUGAAGUCUCUUGGAAUGCAUUAAUUGCUUUUCAUGCCAGAAAGGGUGAGGGAAAGGAUGCUCUUAAGCUGUUUUGGAGGAUGCAAAGAGAAGGUUUUAAACCUACCCAUUUCACGUAUGCAAGUGUGUUUAAGGCUUGUGCUAGUACUGAAUCUUUAGAACAAGGAAAAUGGAUUCAUGCUCAUAUGCUUAAGUCGGGAGGAAAGCUUAUUGCUUUUGUUGGCAACACUAUUCUUGACAUGUACGCGAAGGCGGGUAGCAUUGAGGACGCAAGCAAAAUCUUCGAUAGGUUGGAGAGCAGAGAUGUUGUGUCAUGGAAUUCUAUGCUUACCGGGCUUGCUCAACAUGGGAAAGCGAGGGAAGCUGUUGAACGAUUUGAAGAAAUGCUUAAGAUUGGAGUUCUGCCAAAUUAUAUAACUUUCCUUUGUGUUCUUACGGCUUGCAGUCAUGGCGGAUUAGUGAAUGAAGGGCUGUAUUAUCUUGAAUUGAUGAAGAAGUACAACGUGGAACCACAUGUUGAUCAUUAUGUAACAAAAGUUGAUCUUCUUGGUAGAGCAGGGCUUCUUAAUCAAGCCUUAGAUUUUAUAAAAGAUAUGCCAAUUGAACCCACAUCCGCUAUUUGGGGAGCUCUGUUGGGUGCCUGUAGAAUGCAUAAGAAUACUGAAUUGGGGAUUUUUGCUGGUGAACGUUGUAUUGAGCUCGAUCAUACUGAUUCAGGUCCUCACAUUAUUCUUUCGAAUAUUUAUGCAUCUAUUGGUAGAUUAAGUGAUGUUGCAAGAGUCAGAAAAAGGAUGAGAGAGAUUGGGCUUGAGAAAGAACCUGGUAAUAGUUGGGUGAAGAUAGGGAAUGCAGAUCAUGUGUUUGUAGCUAAUGAUGAUGCUCACCCACUGAAUGAGGAAAUCCGUAAAAUGUGGGCUAAGGUGAGUGAGAAGAUUAAGCAGGAUGGGUAUGUUCCAGAUACGAGCCAUGUUCUAGCAUUUACUGAUCAACAGGAGAGGGAAGCUAGGCUGCAGGUUCACAGCGAGAAGUUAGCUUUAGCGUUUGCUCUUCUUAGUACACCUCCUGGUACAAGAAUUCUGAUACUAAAGAACAUCAGAGUAUGUGGAGAUUGUCAUUCUGCUAUCAAGUUUGUGUCAAAAGUAAUGCAGAGGGAUAUCAUAGUGCGAGACACCAAAAGGUACCAUCAUUUCAGUGGUGGUAGUUGUUCAUGUAAAGACUACUGGUAGCAGGGACGGGCAAGGGGCUAACUUAACUGAGGCUCUAGCCCGUCCCUAGAUUUAACCCAAAUCGUUUUUGGCAGAGGGGAUCUGUACUAAAUAAUUUUAUCCCAAUUUACUUGUUAUUACACGAGGCCAUUUUAUUUUCCUUCCUA